AGAGUCUCUUCAGGAGCUCCUUCCUCAAAGCCCUAAUCCGAACCCUAACACUUCAAAAUAAUACGGAUUCUUGUCGUCUAAAUCUGAGCUGCUUUAUCACCGCCCUUUUGCGCAUGGCGCUUCUUGGGUCUAGCUUCUGUUGUAAUGGAAGUGUCUCUCCCAUGGCGCUGACCGGCCUGCCGUGUUUAGGCAUUCGGAGUUUAUGUUCAACACUUUGUCUUUCUUCAUAUUCUGUUAAACAACCCAAUUAUGGCAAACGACAUAAGACCCAGCUUUUGCCUUGGCAUUGUCAACUAAACAUGCACACUGGAAGAUGCAGCAAUGCAGCAACCUUCAUUCAUACUUCACGAUCAUCGGGACGAUGUCGAGCAAAAGGCGAGGACUUAGAAGGUAGCUUAACUGGUGAAAGCAUAAUUUAUUAUGCAGAAACUUUGGAGCGGGACCUGCAUACUGCCAUUGCAGAGGAGAAUUACGCCAAAGCAGCACAAAUUAGGGAUAGCCUCAAACUUCUCAAGGAGGACAGAAAAACUUCUCUAUUGGCAGCAAACGCUCGAUUUUACAACGUGUUCAGGAUCGGCGAUCUUGCUACAAUGCAAACCCUUUGGGCGAAAGGUAAUGAGGUUUGUUGCGUGCAUCCUGGAGCGAGGGGAAUAACUGGUUAUGACGAUGUUAUCACUAGCUGGGAGUAUGUUUGGGCAAACUACGAAUUUCCUCUUGAUAUUGAACUAAAAGAUGUUAAAGUUCAUGUUAGAGGGGAUGUAGGAUAUGUUACCUGUGUGGAAUUGGUUAAGACAAAGGGUAGCAGUUGGGGGGGACAGUUUGUGACAAACGUGUUUGAGAGGAUUGAUGGUCAAUGGCUAAUCUGUAUCCACCACGCUUCACCUAUUGACUUGUGAAGUUUUUAUAUUUUGUCGAUUAUGAUAGAUUUUAUCUUCUAUUUAUUAGGAAUAAUUAUUA